GUUUGGCGUGCUCUGUCUCUCAUACAUAUACACCUUGAAAUGGGAAACAAUAGCUUGAGCAUUUUCCAGAAGAUUUUCCAAUAUUUCAGCUUUAGAUUCAAGCACCGUAAUGAGUUACUGCUGGAAUAUAAUCAUCUGCUUAAAGGGCCCUGGUUCCUUCUCAAAUCUGCUAAACAAGAAAAAAACAUAAGCCGUCUUCUGGAAAAUCAACUGGAAAUCACUGAUGACUGGAGCAUCUGUGUAAAGGCUCGCGGUCGCUAUGGUUCAUACCAGUUUAUAAACACAUGUGUCCUUGACUCACUCCUUGUUGGACUUUUUAUCUGUCACAUUAAAUUUGAAAACAUUCAUCUUCUACUCCAAUCUGACCUUACACUGAACACAAUCAUGACUUACUUAUAUGCAAAAAAGCAUGAUCAAGCUAAAGCUCUGUGGUUAAUUCAUUUGAAGCUUUUUGAUGAUCACUGUAAAUUCAAAAUGUCUGCAACAGUUGAUGUUUGGAGUGAGGUUAAGGACCAUUUGCCAAUGCUUAGAAAACUGGUAUGUUCCAAAGACCAUGCUGAGCAUGAAAGCAUAUACCGUGAGUUCCAGCGCUAUGGAGAUGUGAUGAUUCUGGCCGAAACAAAUGGAGACCCCAGCCUAAUAUUGGUACACACUGAUGGCAUGAAUACAGCUCCACCAUUUAAUGUCAAAGACGGAACCUUUGAACUUCAGUUUUUGCUUCUGUGGAAGAAGAUGGCAGGAAAGCACAUGGUUGUGUGUAACAAGCUGGUUGAUAGAUGGUUCCUGCAUGACUCCGAUGAAUUAUCUGAUAGAAAUUUCAGCAUUGAUUGUGCAAAUUUCAGACGUGAUUAUAGUGUUUACUUGGCUGCCUAUGUCAAGAUACCACCUGGACACAAGAGAGUGGGCAUUCCAGUGGCUGAAGAGGGGUCAAGACCUGAUCAUGGAGAAUCAGCAUGGCACUGGACAGACGUUUGAAAGAAUAAAAAUUUCUGAUCAUUCACAUGCAUA